AUGAGUAUUGAACAAGUUUGGAAUGAGUACAAACAGCAACGUGAUGGUGAUUUUUUCACUGAUAACGCUUCUGUAGUUUUUGUACCCACGGCUGCUGGAGCCAGAGGAAAUGAAGCUACAAGAAAUUUUCUCUCAGCCGCUUACGAUACUCGACUACUCAGUGUGAAGGAAAACGUUCUAUAUCAAACUGUUGGUCAAACCACUAUCGUUGAAGAGUCUGAAACAACCGUUAAUUUUGUUUCCGGCGAAGGUGCUUGGCUUGUGCCAGGAAUUGAUAGUAGAUAUACCGUCGAUAACCAUGUCAUUUUUCCAACGGUAACCGUGGCAACAUUCGAAGGUGGUAAAAUCUCCUCUAUACGUGUCUAUUGGGAUCAAGCCACUGUUUUAAAACAGCUUAAAUUGAUCGGUGACAAGAACACCUGGCCUGUUUUAGGUGAAAGGCAAUUGGAUGGUGUGAAAGAUACUUCAAAUGCAAUACUCAAUCCAUUUGGUAGAGUCGAGCCGAUUGCUGCCCGUAUGAAUCCUAAUCAAACUUCUUCUGGCCGUCGUAAUGUUCAUACUAGUAGUCGUGUCAACCAACCUGGUGGUACCGGUGGUAAAUCCUCGAUUUUCAACUCUGAACCGGAUGACCAUGUGACAAAUCGUCGGUUCAAUUCGAAUAAGAAUCAGUCACAAUUCUCUAUUGGCGAUGAUCAAACACAACCGAAUCGUGAACAUACACAACCACAUUCUCAAAAAAAGCUUAAUCCUCAAUCAAACGCAUCACAAAUUUUUAUUGGUGAUGAUGGUGGAGAAGUUGAAGGUGUAGGGUCAAACAAUUUCAUUUCCAAGAGACGUGGUUAUAAUCAUCCUGAAUCCACUGCUGGAAUUAUUGAUGAUGGUUCAACUGGAUCUCGUAAUUUCAAGACUUCAAGCCGUGUUUUGAAACAACCUGGUGGUGGAUCUCAAAUCACGUUCGGAUAA